AUGGAGAGAUUGUCCACCACCAGACAACCAGUCCGACAGAAGCAUCCUGCAAAGAAAGAGGUGGAUGAAAAAAAAACGGAUGGGAAACUGCAGGUGGAGCAGGGGACCACAGAUGAGGCGUUAACAGACCAAAAGAUGAUGGCUGGAGAGGCUUUGGACAGGAGGAACAUCUGGGAGCCGAGCGUUUACUAUGCGCUGGGAAAGGAGUCUUUUUAUUUUGCUGGUCAUGAAAUCAGCAUCCGCGAGUCUAUGGAUACUUACGGCGCUCUGAUCUGGCCCGGGGCCAUAGCUUUGUGCCAGUUCUUGGAGAAUAACCAGCAACAAGUGAGCCUGAUGGACAAGGCGGUGCUGGAGAUUGGAGCUGGGACUGGUUUGCUCUCAGUAGUGGCCAGUCUGCUUGGUGCUUGGGUGACAGCCACUGACCUGCCAGACAUCUUGUCCAAUCUGACCUUCAACCUUCUGCGGAACACCAAGGGCCGGUCCCGCUACACGCCUCAGGUGGCCGCCCUUACCUGGGGUCAAGACCUGGAGCGAGACUUUCCCCACCUGUCCUACCACUACGACUACGUGCUGGCAGCCGAUGUGGUCUAUCACCACGACUGCCUUGAAGAGCUGCUGGAAACCAUGCGUCACUUUUGCAGACCGAGAGGCCGAACGACGCUCCUGUGGGCCAACAAGAUCCGGUUCCGCUCUGACUUGAGGUUCACAGAGUGCUUCGAGAGGAGUUUCAACACCACGCUGCUCGUCGAGCUCCCACAGCAGGAGGUGAGGAUAUACAAGGCCACGGCGAGGGAGUGA